CAUACGCACAGACAGGUUGUACAGGAUGUCCUUCUGUCCCUCUCACACAUGCAUGGUGUAUAGGGUCUGUGUGUCUCUCUCUCUCUCUCACACAUGCACAGAAUUGGAGAGUACAUCAAUUGACACUGAGACGCAUUGCUCGUGAACCUGUGUGAAGAGCUGAGCUGUGAGGUAUGGAUUGUGUUCAUUGGUGCUGGCACUGUGUGCUGAAGGAGGCAGUGCUGAACUGACUGUGGUGUAACAGUUCUCUGCGGUUUCCUCCUCUGAUCACUCGGCUGCUUCUCAGUAUUGAUGCAGCAGGGGCAAACGAUUCAGAGGGAGAGCUGCCAUUAAUCUCACCGGCUGUCUGCAGCCUCCAAGUCCAGACUGCGCCACAGCACAGGGCUGCCCCUGACUUGAGAAGGCCCAAAGUGUAUGAAGGAACGGGGAGGGUGGGUGGUGCGUGGAUCGAGACCGGAUCACGGCAUCCAGGAAGCUGCUGUCCCCAGAACGUCCCGUCAGUACGAAAGAUCAGAGUCACUUGCUCCAUCACACAGCCUCUUGAAUCGGCUCACUCUACUGCCAUCUCAGCCAACCCACAGAGAUAGUUUUAUUCCAGGGGAGACUACGAACCUUGAAGACACUGCCCCAGAGGGAGCAGAGACUGGGUGAGUGGGCGAGGAUGAACAUCGAGCCAUCGAGCGCUGUCGGACCCUGAGGCAGCAGGGAAGGGGGAUCUGAGGGACGUUGAGCGCCUCAAAAGCUUGUGACUGUCCCGCCACUGCUGUGGUUUACCCCAAGUGCUGAGCCAGUAUGGCCCUGCAGGGGAGGAAGAAGGAGAAAGGGGUCACUGAUUACGACACGCAACUGAAAGGUUAGUGCUGGAGAUCCGCGGCCAGCUGGCGGACCAGUUGAAGUGUCUGGAUACACAGGUGGAGCUUCGAGGCCAGUGCCUACAGGACAUGUCCGAGUUCUUCCGCAGGAAGGCAGAGAUCGAGCUUGAGUAUUCCAGGGGACUGGAAAAGCUCGCAGACCGAUUCUCCUCGAAGAUCCGUAAUUUCAAGGACCCCCAGGGAUUUUGGAAGGAGCAGAACAUCUUGUCCCCAGUUCACUGCUGGACCCAGAUCCUGGGCCAGACACGGGAGCAGAGCAAGAAACACGGUGCCCUGCAUGACAUCUUCACCAACCAUCUCACACUGCAACUGACCCACCUUGGCGAGGAUGUCACCCGCCUUGCACGCAAGAGUAAAGAGAUCGGCCUGCAGAUGCAAGAGGAAAUGAUGAAGGUCACCACUGAGCUGCAGACUGCUAUGAAGACCUACCAUGUGUACCAGCAGGAGUGUGUGGCAGCGGAGAACAAACUGAGGGAGAUCGAGAAACUGGAGGAGAAACAAGGGCUCGAUAGCAAGGGCGAGAAGCGGAAUGUUAACCGCAAGCUGGAAAAGACAAAGGAGAAGUGGCAGGAACGUUUCAUGGAGGGUGAGCUCAAGAGUACGAAAGCUCGGAAUGAGUACCUGCUGAACCUAUCAGGAGCCAAUGCCAUGCUGACUGCGUACUUCACCUGCAACAUCUCCCAGCUUAUCGACUGUUGGAACUUGGGAUUCCAUACGUCUCUGGCCCACACACUGAAGAUGUACCGGUCAGCGGAGUCCCACGUGGAGAGCUCCUGGCGCCAGGGCCUGGAUGUCAUCGACACCGCUAUUUGCAGCCUGGAUCCGCAGGGUGACAAGACCAAGAUCAUGGACAGCAGCCACAAUGCCUUCUGCCUGCCCAACAAGUUCGAGUUCCUGCCUCAAGAACAGGACAAGGUACGGGAGGUGAAGACCACAUCCGCUGUCUACCAUGAGCUGCAGGGACGCUUCCAGAGCCUCCAAGGGACACUAGCUGCUGCCAGGCUGGAGACGGAGGAGAUUAACAAGACGCUGCGGACAACCCUGCAGAACCUGCAGAACCAGACCCCUGCCGAUGACUUCGACAUCUCCGACGCCUUUCAGAGUAGCCAAUCCCUCGAGUCGGUGAAGUCCACUGGCACCGAUUCCGGCUCCAAGGCCAACGUCAACCGGCGUCGAGCCAACCAACAGGAGACCGAGUCCUACUACUUCACCAAACUGAAGGAUUCGGUGACAGGUGAUGCCAGGAUCACCAAACUCCAGGCCAAGUAUGAACUACUGAAAACGGCCAUUGACAAGGGGAUUGUCGACGAUAACAGCACAUUCAGGAUUCAGGCAACGCUGGGACGAUCCCAGAGACAGAGGCGUUCGCGGCCAUGUUCCCAGUACAACCAGAAGCUGUUCAACGGAGACUUACAGAUGUUCAUCCUGAGUUCCGGGCAGCCCAUCCCCCUGGUGGUGGUUAGUUGCAUCCGAUUUAUUAACCUGAAUGGUCUGCACCACGAGGGUAUCUUCCGCAUUCCUGGCUCCCAGACUGAGGUCAACGACAUCAAGAAUGCCUUCGAGAGAGGUGAUGACCCCCUCGAUUCCAUGAACGCCCACAACAUCGACUCAGUGGCAGGAGUUCUCAAGCUCUACUUCCGGGGUCUCAGCAAGCCCAUCUUCCCCACUGAAUGCUUCUGUGGCCUCAUCGCCUGUGUGGAGAUAGAAGACCAGUUGGACCGUGCCAGCAAGGUUAAGGAGGUGGUGGGCAAUCUGGAUCCGAGUAUCAUUGUCGUCCUGCGAUACCUGUUUGCGUUUCUGAAUCACCUGUCACAGUUCAGCGACGAGAACAUGAUGGACCCCUACAACCUGGCCGUGUGCUUUGGACCCACCCUGGUGACGGUGCCCGAGGGCCAGGACCCCGUCGCCUGCCAGGCACAGGUCAACGAGGUGGUGAAGACCAUCAUCAUCCACCACGACCUCAUAUUCCCCCGGCACGACCAGCUCCACGGGCCUGCCUACGAGAAGUGUAUGACUGAGAAGGGUGAUUACUGUGACGGCCUCCAGACAGAGCCGAUCAUCGAGGAGCCUGAUGUCAUCGGGGAGCUACAUGAGGAUGAGCUACAAGCGGUGGCCUUGUUUGAUUACACACCUCGCUCCGCGAAGGAGCUCUGCCUGAAGAAAGGGGACUCGGUGCUCCUGUUUGAGAGGGCGAGUGAGGACUGGUGGUCAGGGCAGGUUGGAGGGGUGAAGGGUCUCGUGCCCCACAAAUACAUCGAGCUGACAGAGAGUGCUGAGGGCCACUUGGACCUGCCGGUGGAUGCUGGACAGGAACUGAUCUCCAGUGAGGGUGUGACAGAGCGUUGCAGGCUGUUAAGCGACUCAGACCAUGAGCCCUUGCUGAGGAAGAGGAGCGGGAGCAGUCCUGUCAGGAAGAUCACCAGCAUGUUUAACGAGAAUCCAAAGCGGAGUGUGGCCACUUUGCCUGGCGGGCAAAAGCUGCUGCCUCUCCGUACAAUGGGACAGGAGGAAAGCAAGCCAACCUCUAAGAUGGGUAAACAGGAGCGGAGAAACACCAUGGACUCGGUGCAGCCGGCCCACAGUCCUGUGCCCUUGCACCUGCCCACAGGCAAAGUUGAACGCCAAUUCUCUGAGAAGUCAGUCCCUGAACCCAGCAAGGAAUUCAUAAAGAACAUGGACAAUGUGUUCCGCGAGCUGCUGCAACAGAAGCGAGCCAAGUCAACCUCGGAGGCGGCCGGGGAACCCGGAACACCCUCUGCCGUGCAGCUGGGCGUGCGGAGGAGCAGCAGCGGGGCGAUGGAGAAGUCCCCCCAGAAACAGGGUACCUCCUCCAAAUCUGGAAUGAAAGCCAGGGCGGCCGCUCUCUUCAAGCCGAGCAGCGGGGCAUCUGCGGACAGCGCCUCCAAGGUAAAUUCCUGAGGGCUGUGGCGAUCGGUGGUCCCGAAGAGCUCACUAACCCUUGCCUCUGCGCCGGACAUCAAGGGCUAUGAAGCCAUCCUGCCUCGCAUCUCAAUCAUGCUUACCGCAGCUAACCGCCCGGCUGUGUGUCACCUGCUCUGCAGUUCGAUCAGAUUGCAGCUGACCUCUUCCCUCUGUGCUAAUCUCUUCAUGGCGCACCCCCCCCCCAAGCACCACCCGGUUCUGACCCCCUGCUUUUGGAUGGCUAAAUCACCACCCUUCCAAGUGAAGCAACCUCUCCUCGCGAGUAACCAAGCCCUCUGCCUGAUACCAUGUACACCGGUUCCAGAAUGACGCUCCUCUGCAACAACGAGAAUGAGAAACCCCCCCCUCAUUCGCCCCUAAACUCGAGAGAGUCACAGGCCUGGUCUGCUUAACCUCUCCUCGCUGGACAAAGGAAUUGAGCCAGUGAUCCCUCUGUCAUAUUAUCUCAAGGAGACAUCAACACCCAGUAAGCGAGCUUGGCAAGCGUGUGGUCUUGCCAAAGCACUGUUUAAUCGCAGCAAGAUGUCUCAACUCUUGUACUCAAGUUUUUUUGCAAUAAAGACCAGAAUCGGAAUCAGUCAUGUUUAUUAUCACUGACACAUGGAAUUUGUUGUUUUGCAGCAGCAGUACAGUGCAAGAUGAAAAUUACUGUGGUACAAUAAGAAAUAUAUAUAUAUAUAUAAAUAGUGCAAUAAGUGAGGUAGCGUUCGUCAUCCAAUCAGAAAUCUGAUGGUGGAGGGGGAGAAGCUGGUCGGCAAAAUGUUGAGUGUGUGUCUUCAGGCUCCCUAAUGGUAGUGAUGAAAAGAAGGCAUGUCUUGGGUGGUGAGGGUUCUUAAAAAUGGAUGCCACCUUGAGGCACUGCCUUUUGAAAAUGCCCUUGAUGGUGGGGAGAGUUGUGUCCGUGAUGGAGCUGACUGAGUCUACAACCCUCUGAAGCUUUUUAUACUCCUGGGCAUUGGCGCCUCCACACCAGAAAAUGAUACCACCAGUCAGAAUGCUCUCCAUGGUACAUAUGUAGAAAUUUGCAAGAAUCUUUAGUGACAUACCAAAUCUCCUCAGACUACUAAUCAAGAACAGCCUUCUUCGUGAUUGCAUAAAUUCGUAUAUUUCGGGUCUUGGGAUCUGUUCUCAUUUACUUCUCCCGUGCCAAGUAUUUACAAAGGACUGUGAGACACAGGAGACCGCAGAUGCUGGAACCUGGAGCAAUGAACAAUCUGCUAGAGGAACUCAGCAGAUCAAGCAGCAUCUGUAGGGCAGGGGGAGUGGUAGACAUUGUCAACAUUUCAAGGGCUUUUACCCAAAAUGUCAACAAUUCCUUCCCUCUCACAGCUGCCAUUUGACCUGCUGAGUUCUUCCAGUAGAUCGUUGCUUCACUGACGCCAGUUUCUACCCAUCUGCCCCUCUCACACUGGACCUCUGGGAGGCUCCUGCUUAGUUUGUGAGGCAGACAUGUAAGGUUUAAGAUUUAUUAUAGUUUAUUUGAUUUAGAGAUACAGCACUGUAACAGGUCCUUCUGGAUCAAGGACUCUAAUUACUGUACUCUCAUGUGGUCAAUUAACCAAUGUCUGUGGAAAGUGGAGGAAACCGGAGGAGAAUGUACAUACUCCUUACAGACAGCAGCGGGAUUUGAACUCCAGUUGCUGGCAUUGUAAUGGUGGUUGUCCGUUCUGUCCAACCAUGACAGGAAACCUGUACAGGAGAGUUCUUUAAAGUGGAAAAGUCAUUGCCCUUGCGCGGUUCCACGCUCCUGACCUCGGAAGUUCAGGUCCAGUGUUACAAACAAGCGUCACAUGCUGGCAUCUUCCUUGGCUGAAGUGGAUGACCAUGAUGCCUUCUAUGCCUUGUCUGCCCUCCACUCUCCAUGAAGUGUUGCAGUGCCACCUUCCUGGCCGUUGGAUCUCACUGUCGAUCUCAUCUGGAGCUGACUUCACAUUCUAGGACAGGCAUGUCCCUAUCUUAGUGUAGUAUGAGGCUGCUGGCUACCCUCACCUGAUUUAGCCUACCUGUCGAAGGGAGGGGUAGCACCCCUGGUGAACGGGCUUGUCUUGUCACCUCACCUUUGGUCCCCACCGGACACUGAGCUCUCACCUU